GAGAGCGCGCUGGGCUGAAUUGUGAGUGGCGUACGACACUCAGUGAACAGAAGGUGUUUCUGCAUGCACUGGCAGCACACUAGUCUGCUGCAAGGGCUCUCUAGCUCUAUUCUCUCUCUUUUUUCUCCCUCUCUUUCUCUCUCUCUCUCUCUCCAUCUCCCUCUGACUCUCUCUCUCUCUCCUCCACACGCACCAGCCCUGCCUUUCAGCCUCUAUGCCUCAGCUUCUCCGCUCGGCAACAGCCUCCUCAGCCCACAGGAAAUGAGCGGCAGCCAAAAGAGAGCUCGCUGGAAAGCAGGCUUCUAACGGACACGGCACUUCGGGAUACCGAAAAAAAGACGAGAAAAGAACGAUAAAAAGAAAAGAGGCAAGCGGGGUGCAGCCAGGGUGGCAAGUAUUCAUCUCACACAAAUGAGGGCACGUUUCUGAGGAAGCUUUCCUCCGAGAGAUCGACGGCCAGCAAAACUGGAUAUAAACCGCGCAGGUCAACGGCUGCUUAAACCGACGGACGUUAAUUUGCGUCGGCAGUUCCAAGAGAGUCUCCGGCAAAAAAGACUAAGAGAGAGUGGGGGGAAAAAAGAAGGAGUUUGAGUGGAUUUUCCCCCUUCGUGAGUUUUUUUUUUCCCUCUCUCUCGCGCUUCUCCUCCUGCUCUGAUCAGCGCAGCAGUCACUGCGGAGAAGCAGUAGAGGGAAAACAGUGCUCACGCAUGCAGUCUGGGCAGCUUGCAUUUCCUGCGAGUGCGCUGAAUGCCACUUGGAUUCCUCCUCUUUCUGGCUCUUUUCACACGAGGAGAACUAAGACAUUGUAAGUCUGCCAGGAGCUGGUGGCCGCUGAAAAGGAGGGGGGGCUGAAUUUGUACCACACUGGGAUCUUUUUUAGAUUCGCACAUAAUUAGUGGCGGCACAAAGGGAGCAGCUGAAUAGAGGUUGUCAGCCUCUGGAAGGGGUGAGUAGGAAUCCUUUCAUACGAGAUUGAUUCUUGAAGAAAGCUUUUUUUUUUACCACCCUUGUCUCUCCUUUUGCUGCUCAAAAUCUAACAUGAGCAAAGUGACUUGCCGUUUCCCCCUUUUGACGUGGUUGGAUUUUCUUAUUUGCCUUUGAGUAACAAAAUCACAAAUCACCAUCAGCCAAGCCACGCUUAAAACAAACAAAAAAACAUGAACAGAACUGAGUAUUUUUGACCUGGGGAGUUACAAAAUCAUGGCGUCCACAACGAGAGGAAUCUGAAUGAUUCAAUGAACUUUUUCUCCACGACACUGCGGGAUAUUCAUGCUAAUGGAUUUCCUCCUAAUUGGCCUGUACUUAAAGUGGCCGCUAAGGAAGCCCCCUGGGUUGAUACUGUGCUCUCUGGGCAUCUUUCUGAAAAUGGUUCCCCUGGUGGGGGCGAGCUGUCCGAGGCUGUGCCGCUGCGACAGCAAGCUGCUGUAUUGCGAGGGGCUCAACCUAACGGACAUCCCCCGCAAUCUGAGCAGCGCCACAGGCUUAUCCCUGCGGGAAAACAACAUCUCAGAACUGCGCGAGGGGCACUUCGUUGGCCUGUCGCAGCUCACCUGGCUCUACCUGGAUCAUAACAACAUCGAGUUUGUCGAGGAGAGCGCCUUCGAGAGGCUGCGACGGGUCAAGGAACUCGACCUCAGCACCAACCGGAUAGAGACCCUGUCCAAUGGGACUUUCAGGCCAUUGCCUAACCUGCGCAUCUUGGAUUUAUCCUAUAACAGGCUGCAGUCACUGGAGCCAGACCUUUUCCACGGCCUUAGGAAGCUUACCAAUUUGCACUUGCGCUACAACGCCCUGAAGUUUGUGCCUGUGAGGAUCUUCCAGGACUGCAGGAGCAUGCAGUUCCUGGAUUUGGGCUACAACCAGCUGCAGAGCCUGGCACGUAACUCAUUUGCUGGGCUCUUCAAACUGACUGAGCUGCAUCUGGAGCACAACGAGCUGGUCAAAGUCAACCUGGCCCACUUUCCCCGCCUCAUUGCCCUGCGCACACUCUACAUGCGCAACAACAAGGCCAACAUUGUGGUCAACACCCUGGACUGGACCUGGCACUUCCUAGAGAAGAUUGACUUCUCCAACAACGAAAUCGAGAACAUUGAGCCACAUGUCUUUGAAAGUGUGCCCAACCUCAAAGAGCUCAUGCUGGACUCAAAUAAGCUAACCUAUGUGGAUCAGCGCAUCUUGGACUCUUGGACAUCCCUAGGCAGCAUUACCUUGUCUGGGAAUCAAUGGGAGUGUAGCCGCAAUGUGUGCGCCCUGGCCUCCUGGCUGAGUGGCUUCCAGGGCCAACGUGAUAGCACCUUGCAGUGUUCAAGCCCUGACACAGCCCAAGGAGAGGACAUUCUGGACGCUGUCUACGCUUUCCAGCUGUGUGAGGACAGCGCUGAGGCCACCACACAGACCUACGCAGCCACUAGAGAUCUGGCUCGAGGAUCCAUUUUUAAAGGCCCCACCAGAGGCCCGUACGAUCUACAAGACGUGGAGGGUGGGGAGGUGGUCACCAACUCCUUUACAGUAACCAUGGCUGCAGAUGAUUUGGAGAGUACCAUGCAGAUCCACAAAGUUGUGACAGGCACCAUGGCACUCAUCUUUUCCUUUCUUAUUGUUGUGCUCAUGCUCUACGUGUCGUGGAAGUGCUUCCCGGCCGGUGUGAGGCAAGUGAGGCAAUGCUUCACCAGCCAACGCCGCAAGCAGAAGCAGAAGCAGACCAUGCAGCAGAUGGCCACCUUGUCCACACCCGAGUACUACGUGGACUACAAGCCCAACCACAUCGAAGGCGCUCUCGUCAUCAUCAACGAAUAUGGCUCCUGCACCUGCCAGCAACAGGCAUCCCGGGAAUGUGAGGUGUGAAGACUUGGCUGCCGUCCCUGGAUAUUUCACAAUUGCACCAGAUCAAUGGAUAUGGGACAUGCUUUGAUGCUGUACCACACUGUGCUGCUCUCUGGAAGAGACUUGGAUGGCAUGUUCGGAGUGCUAGGGGACAGAGACCGAGGAUUUACAGCUGAUUUCAAUGGACUCUUUCAAUGAACCAGGCUUUGGGACUGCUUGACACAUUGUCAUGGAGCUGGCAGGAAUUUUUGUAUGGGAACUCAUCGGUCAAGUUAUCUUGUGACGAGUGGAUAUUUGAGCUUUAAUGUGUCUUUCUACUGAAGGAGAUUAACUGUCUAAAGCUACUGAGGACUUCAAGAACACAAUUUUUCAUUGUGGUAACGACAUUAACAAUGACAAAAUCAAAAAAAAAAAAAGGGAAAAAAGAGAUGAGUCUGUGUAAAAUAUGUUUAAAUCAGAAAUGAAUAAGUGGGAAUAAAAAUUAAGAUGCUAUCAUAUUUCUUUUGUAAACUAUGGAAAAAAGGAAACAAAUGUUUAAAUAAAUGAAUUGCAAUUCACAAUAGUCACGUCUGCAGGCGAGUUUCAGGGGUGGUUUGUUGUCAGUGGUAGCUGGGGAGGAAUUGUCAGUUUGGCUCUGCGGUAUUUGCAGGUGGUAAAUAAAACGUGCAAUGGGGAUCUCGUCGUCACUUCAUUUGAAAUGUUAAGCCUCAAUCUGAAAUUCAGAUCUUUUGGCCCUCCACCACCCUACCCCACCCUUUCUCUUUCUUCCCCAUCUCACCAUAUGUGGGGAAUAAUCACUGUGCAGGCUUGCUGUUACUGUUGUGGUUGCUUUUUAUCUUCUCGUGUCCUUUUCCUCAUAGAUUAAGCAAGCCAAAAAGAGAAAAAAAAAAGGAGCCUGUUGGGUUCUAACCUUAACGGAUCAUUUUACACAAUUGAACCAUGUGGUCCUGCGCAGUCUCAAUAAAACAGGGCCAUGGCGUUUUAAUGGCUCAAAGCUUUUCAACGCCUUUUGAUUGCUUUCUCAUGCUCAGCUAGUGUGCUAGACCUUCCUAAGACAGUGGUGAAAUCAGAGCUGGAACAACAGGCACAUACAGAUAGCCUAGCCUUAACCAUUCAUGUUCAGAAUCGUUCAGAAUGGGUUUAGAACUUGUAGGGAUUGUUAAGGGUUGAUAAAAAGAUGAUGAUUUGUUUUGUCCCUCAAUUUCUGAUUAAGAAGCUAUUUUUUCAAGAUUUCCUUUUUUCGUUAAGGUGUUUGUUAAGGGGCAUACUGGCAGGCAGUGUGUCCUGUGGCACUGGCAGGAAGACAGAGGAUAGGAUGUGGGUUCUGAAAGAAGGUGCAGACUGCUCUCUAGUGUCCCAACACAUGUGGUAGAGGGAAGGAAGAUAUGGUAGCAGCAAGCCAGUGCCUUGCCUUUCCUUAGGUACAGUAGGCUUUAGGUGAUGGUUUUAGAUUUUGUUUUAUUGUUUUUUGUACCUGGGAACAUAUAUAUAUAUACACAUUUGUAUGUGUGUGUAUGAAAGCAUUUGCUUAUAUGUCUGUCUGUCUGUGUGUGUGUGUGUGUGUCGGUCCUAGCUUAGCACUGGACACAGUCACUGCUGCAGAGUAAGUAAGGCAUCAUGCAUUCUGAACACACAGGCCGGUCACUAGGAGUAAACAAGGGUUCAAUUACUUUAAAACGAACGACUCCUCCAGUGCUUUCAGCUGUCACUCAACUUAAGGCAUUUUGCGGCUACCACCAGCUAGCGAAGGGGCAAGCUGGGGAAUGUCACUAUUAGACAUGCUUGAGCGUGUAUUCCUGGUUACUUGAGCAUAUAUGUAUGUAUACGUAUGUGGGGCAAGCUUGAGCUCUUUUGGAUUGGUUUCUUUUAUCGAAAGUUUAACUGCAUGUGUGGCUUUUGGAAGACCAACACUAUUUUUUUUUGUCAAGUGUGUGUGUGUGUGUGAGAAUGUGUGUGGGAUGUCACAAAACAAGGAAAACUGUGAAGCUAAGCAGGGAUUUUCAUAUAUGUCAACCUCAAUGGCCCUGACGACCCUUGAAACUUGAUCUCGAACUGUUCUAUUUUCACCACUGUAUCUGAUCCAUUUGACGAGCUGAGCCAAAAUAAACAAAUAAAACGCA